UGGAGGAAGACGACGACGACGAGGCUGCUGGCCGGCCAUGCCUGCGUCCAUCUCCAUGUCCAAGAUCCUCUCGCUUCCACCCUCCUCCACAUCGCUCCGCUUCCUCCACCGUAACGCGAUACCGGUAGCCUUCGCUCGGAACCCCGGCGCCCCGCCUCGGAGUUUGAGGUCAAGCAACCGCUUCGCCGGAAGCUGCCACACCGGCGCGAGCUCCGGAACUAGCCUGGCCGGUUCUGGCGGGGAGGGUGCUGCUGCCGGAGGAUACGAAGAUGGCAACCUUCCGUUCGUGAAUCUGUCCUCGGAUAUCCUCCAGGCCGAGCUGAGCUUACUCAACGACGAAAAGGCGCCAUCACCUCUCCUGACCACACUGCCGAAGGGAAACAGGGGAGAGGAGCACAUAGAAUCAACCUCAGCUUACCCAUCUGCCCUGAAUGCUCUGUACGCGGCCUGUCUUGCCGGAAACGCGACCGAGCACCUAUGGAACUUUACCUGGCCUGCCGCCGUCGCCACGCUCCAUCAGAGCCUCCUCCCUGUUGCCGUUCUCGGAUUCUUCACAAAGCUCGUCGUGUUCGUCGCAGGUCCAUUGGUCGGGAACCUCGUGAGCUCUCUCCCUCGGAUUCCCGCUUACCGCUCUUUGACUGUAAUUCAGACAGUGGCGCAUUUGGUGUCAGCGGUGAUGAUCAUGCACGCUUUCACCCUCCCGAGAGCGUCCGCCGCACUGGAGCUGCUCCUGCAGCCAUGGUUUGCUGUGCUGGUGGCGUCCACAGCCGUCGACAGGCUCUCCUGCGUGUCGCUCGGCAUCAUCGCCGAGCGUGAUUUCGUCGUGCAGGUGAGCCUUCAUGAAUCCGCGAACACUUAG